CCUCCCCUCCGAUGCCACCUGCCUAAUGUGAACUCCAGAGUGAGACCGAACAGAAGGGGCUUACUCGCUCACAUUUUGCUUUUAUCUGAUAAUUGUGUGCUGCGAAUACAUCAGUGUACGACUAUCUGUGAGCCAUUCAAAGGGGCAUCCUCUAAAUAUGGAGAACGUACAUUACCAACCAGAAUUGUUGCCAAUGCAAGGUAGCAGUUAUGAGCGACUGAAGGAGCCACGGGAAACAACUUUGACUCGCAGUGGAGUGCGUAUCUGCGCUGCGGCUUCGGCUCCGCAACCCCGAGAUCACAUUUUCUGGUCCCUCUUCAACGCCCUAUACAUGAACACGUUCUGCCUGGGUUUUGCAGCCCUUUACUUCUCAGUUAAGGCUAGAGACCGAAAAGUGGUGGGAGACCUUGAAGGUGCACGAGAGUACGGAUCCACCGCACGCUGCCUCAACAUCGUCGCUCUUUGCCUCUCCUUGGUCAGCGCCGUCAUCGUCAUCGUUCUUCUGUCGCUCGGCGUUCUGGCGGUCCGCCAGACCCUUCGUGAAGAAUACGGGGGUUAAAUAACAUUUAAAAAGUUUUUUUUUUUUUUU